CGACUGUUUUCGAGAAUCAAACCGUCUCUGUCGGCCAGCCAUCAAACCUGUAUUCCUGCACUUGCAAAUCGCUUCUCUCGCACAUACACUCGUCAUGCCUAGCGUAGCCUUCACCGGAAAAAACAUCUGGAUAGCGUCGAGCGAUGGCGAUUUGGACAGGGUCAAGGAGCUGAUCGAGGUUCAAGGAUUGACGCCCAACGAUAAGGAUGAGAAUACAUACACCCCGAUGCAUGCAGCAGCCUCUUACGGACAUCUUGAGCUGCUGGAGUACCUUAUCAGUAAAGGCGGAGAUAUCAACAUUGCCGACGAAGAUGGUGAGACACCUAUCUUCACCGUCGAGAGCGUCGAAGUAGCGCGUUGGCUGGUAGAGCACGGAGCGAAUGCGGAUGUACAAAAUAAUGAGGGACAGUCGCCCGCUGAAUACCUCUUUGAAGAACACCCCGAGACAGCCGUGUACCUCCAGUCUCUGCUACUCGGUACCGAAGGCACAGCCGAACAGCCCAACAUCCGCCUCGUCGACAACGCAGACGCUUCGGGUCGACCGUCCGAAUACCAGACCGAGCAACUGUCUUCGCAGAUAUCCGACGACCUGAUGGCACAGACCAACGAGAUCAUGGAGCGCCACGAGAGGAACGGGACCGAUCCGGAAGCCGAACUGAGGGAGAUUGUCAGUCGAGCCGUACUGCAAGGGUGGCAGGGAGCCCUGAACGGACGAGCUCAGGAGCAGGAAGAAGAGGUCGAGAUGACGCCACAGGGGGAGGGAGACCAGCCGGACAGCAAGAGGGCACGGACGGACUAGGCAAGAAGUCCUUACACAACUUUAGAUUCGUCCUUAACCCUACUGUAUUCUACCUCGACCAUCAUAAUAUGCAUUCAUGUGCGCACUUGAAG